GGGGAAAAGAGGAAAGACUGAUGGAUGAUCGACUGUCAAGAACCGGGUUGGAAAGGGAGAGACCAUGACUAGUAUUAUACUAUCAACCCACAAUCCACUUCAUCUUCUUCCACCACGGUUUUGUAAAAGAUCAUCUCAAUGCCUACGUAUGUCUCUACGCAACUCGCAGCAUGUUUGUACGUAUACCACGGGCAUUUCAUGGUGGCUGUUGCUGCCAACAUCGCCAGUCAAUAGUCAACACCAACAUAAAUGCGCGUCGGCUGCAGGGGACGGACGGACUGGAUCCUCUUUUUUUUUUUCUUUCUUUAGUGCGAGUUGCUAAUUAUAGCCCGUGAUGGACCCCCCGUAAUUACCGAGACGGGCGGGGGUUGGAUAACACCAACAACCACAAGGAAAGGAAGAAUAAUGGGUUGCAAUUUCCCUCUGGUUCCACGAGUCUAUCCAUUGAUUGAAAUCAUUCAUUCAUUCAAUUCUUUGAUUCAUGAUGGUGGACAGAUUCCACACAACUCUUCCAAAGACUAAACUAAUAUAACCUUCCUUUCCCUCAUCCAUGGAUACUCGUCCCGGGAAGCCGGAGUUUAUCCAGGGUAGGGACUGGAUUUAUCUGAGUGGUCAGGUGACCCUCUAGUCCUAAAGUAGAAUCCCAUCACAUUGUCCGUCACCGUCAGUCUGUUUCUUCCGCCAUCCGAACCCAGCCAAGCUAAUAUUAAUUAAUAUGGCAUCUAUUCGUGCCGUGAAUAUC